CCAAAGGGGCUUGGUUUUGCGGAAGUUUUUUGAGGAGGGUCGGGUGGCUGGUGGAGUUGUGUUAUUUUACAAGUUCCGGAACAGAGGCCGCUGCUCGGGGUCCAGAAGCCGGAGCCUCCGGAGGUUUGUGGCUAUAACGCUGGGCGCGAUUUGACGUCGCUGCUUUUGGCUCUUUUCGCCCCUCGUUCGUCCCUAGGGAGCCGCCUGUGCUUUCACCAUGGCAUCUACUGGGUCCAACCUCCAGAAAGCAAUAGAUCUUGCUAGCAAAGCAGCACAGGAAGACAAAGCCAGGAACUAUGAGGAAGCCCUUCAGCUCUACCAGCAUGCUGUACAGUAUUUUCUCCAUGUAGUUAAAUAUGAAGCACAAGGCGAUAAAGCCAAGCAGAGUAUCAGGGCCAAGUGUGCAGAGUAUCUUGACAGAGCAGAAAAACUAAAGGAGUAUCUGAAGAAAAAGGAGAAAAAACCACAAAAGCCAGUGAAAGAGGGUCAGCCAAGUCCAGCUGAUGAGAAGGGGAAUGACAGUGAUGGGGAAGGAGAAUCUGAUGAUCCUGAAAAAAAGAAACUACAGAAUCAACUUCAAGGUGCCAUUGUUAUAGAGAGACCAAAUGUGAAAUGGAGUGAUGUUGCUGGUCUUGAAGGAGCCAAAGAAGCACUUAAAGAGGCGGUGAUAUUGCCUAUUAAAUUUCCUCAUCUUUUUACGGGCAAGAGGACACCUUGGCGAGGAAUCCUAUUAUUUGGGCCACCUGGAACAGGAAAAUCCUAUUUAGCCAAAGCUGUAGCAACAGAAGCAAAUAACUCGACAUUUUUUUCAAUAUCUUCCUCUGACCUUGUUUCUAAGUGGCUAGGUGAAAGUGAAAAAUUGGUUAAGAACUUAUUCCAACUUGCCAGAGAGAACAAGCCUUCAAUUAUCUUUAUUGAUGAAAUUGACUCUCUGUGUGGUUCAAGGAGUGAAAAUGAAAGUGAAGCUGCACGUAGAAUUAAGACAGAGUUUCUAGUUCAAAUGCAAGGGGUUGGUGUGGACAAUGAUGGAAUUUUGGUUCUGGGAGCUACAAAUAUACCCUGGGUUCUGGAUUCUGCCAUUAGGCGAAGAUUUGAGAAGCGAAUUUAUAUUCCUUUGCCGGAAGCACAUGCUCGAGCAGCAAUGUUUAAAUUGCACUUGGGCAGCACUCAGAACAGUUUGAAAGAAGUAGACUUCCAGGAACUUGGGAGGAAAACUGAAGGCUAUUCAGGAGCAGAUAUAAGUAUCAUUGUACGUGAUGCACUUAUGCAGCCUGUUAGAAAAGUUCAGUCAGCUACUCAUUUCAAAAAGGUUCAGGGACCUUCCCGAGCUGAUCCUAAUGCCACUGUAGAUGACCUGCUGACACCCUGCUCUCCAGGGGACCCUGGUGCCAUUGAAAUGACGUGGAUGGAUGUCCCUGGAGAUAAACUUUUGGAGCCAGUUGUUUCCAUGUGGGAUAUGCUGCGGUCCCUGUCUAGCACAAAACCCACAGUCAAUGAACAAGACUUGUUGAAAUUAAAGAAGUUUACAGAAGAUUUUGGACAAGAGGGCUGAACCAAAGACAGCAAGGAAGACAUUUACCAUGUGUAUUCCUUUCUUUCCUAGAUACUUUUCGCAUUUCCUGAAUGGCAUUCAUUAUUUCCAAUACAACUCUUUUACCACGGGGAGCGCACAUCUCACUUCUGAGUUCUGAGUUCCUUUAUGUUUUAUAUUGUACUUUUUCUCUAUUACCUGUUAAAUGCUCCAGUUAACAAAAAUUGUACAAUAGUGGGUUUUAAGGAAAUAAACGAUAUGUGAAUGGCAUAAAAUUAGAAAUUACACAGCAAAAAGUAUUAAAUAUUGAUUGACAAAUGCAAAGAGCAUUUAUCUUUUUUUUACUAAAAUGAAAUAGGGCUUUAUAUUUUGAAAAAAUUUCUUAAACAUUCAUAUCAAUGUGACAUUUAUAUACUUUAUUAAAAAUUUAAAAUGAUAGAAUCUUGACUCUCAGGGAUGGGCAGUAAACAACAAAGAGCACUGUGAUUGGUUGAGAAUGAUUUUGAUUGUCUUAUGUAAAGCCAGUGCUGACUUUUUAAUAGAUUGUUUUGUUUUGAUUUGGUUUUUUUUCCUGUGGAGAUUUAAGUAAUUCCUUUAAAGGCAACAAACUUUUAUUACAUGGUACCUUCCAUUGUGCAAUCUCAAGAGAAAGAUUUUCUAAAUUAAGCAUUGUCUUUACCUUAAAGAAAAAAAUUGUCUAUUUCAGUGUCUUUUUGUAGCAAGAUUGACCAAAACAGGUGGUAAAUAAUUUUUAGAAUAUCUGUCAUAUGAGAUACUGUAAUGGGAACCUUUGCUAAUAAGAUAAUGACCUCCCUUUGGAUUAUGGGACAUUUUUCAGUGUGUGAUAUGGGUGUGUGUAUGUACAUAUAUAGAUAUAUAUAUGUGUGUAUAAUUUUUUUUAAAUGUAGAAUAGAAAGAGUCUUGUCUUUCAUCUUUUAAAUUCAGGGAACAGUUUGUCCUGGCUACACAUAUGUUAUCAGUGGGAUGCUUUACAAAGCUUUAGAAAUGAACUUAUGUCUCAUUGAAUAAUAAAGCAUAAACAUGGUGUUAUGUUAUUAUAAUGUCUUUCAAAUAAAUGAUCUCUGAGUUGUACAUUUUAGCAUCGACACUAAGUUGUGCCUUGAUUAUACAUGCAAAAACUUACUAAACUAGCUAGAAUGAGGUGUAUUCUUUAAUUGCUGUAAAGUUCUACCUUGCAAAUUCUAUACAAUAACUUGCAUUUCAAAGUAUAUUUGCACAUUUUGCAUAUUAUGUUAUAUGGUUGCCUUUGGGUUUUCUGUACAGAUUGUUGAUAUUCAGUGGAAAUCAUAGGCUUGAAAUAAUGCUGUUCUUAUAUGAAGUAAAUUGAUAUAACCUGCUAUUGGCUGUAUUCUUUGUACUUCUUUAUUUUAGGACCUUCAGUAUAGGAGACAAUAUUAUCUAAAUUGGUUAGAUACAAAGAAGCUAUGUAAGAUUAUUGAAUA